CCCGUUUCCUAGGAAACAAACAUGACAAAAUAAAACUACCAAAUUAAGCACCAGUACUAGUCCAAGCUCUGUUUUCAAUCUCCCCAUUCUUUGGCUGUUGUUGAUUGUUAAUCCCAUGGCUUCUCUGGAAAAAUUGCUGUAUUUGCUAUUAGCAGGAAUUACAGUUCUUGGGAAUGUCGCUCUGGGUCGUUUCGUGGUGGAGAAGAGCAGCAUAAGCGUCUUGUCCCCUUCGAGCUUGCGAUCAAAGCACGACAGCGCUAUAGGAAACUUCGGCACCCCUGACUAUGGCGGCUACAUGCUUGGCUCCGUCGUCUACCCGCAAAAGGGCUCCCUUGGAUGUCAGCCCUUUGAAGGCGAUAAACCCUUCAAGUUCAAGCUUCCUCGCCCCACCAUUCUGCUCCUUGAUAGGGGAGACUGCUAUUUCGCAUUGAAGGUGUGGAACGCGCAGCAAGCGGGAGCAGCUGCAGUUCUUGUGGCGGACACAAUCGACGAGCCCUUAAUCACCAUGGAUUCCCCUGAAGCCAGCGGCGACGCGGACGGCUACGUCGAGAAAAUCCGGAUCCCAUCGGCUCUAAUCGACAAGUCGUUCGCCGACAGCUUGAAGCAGGCUCUCAAAGAGGAGAAAGAAGAAGUGUUGAUCAAGAUGGAUUGGAGGGAGUCGAUGCCGCAUCCAGACCAGAGAGUAGAAUACGAGCUGUGGACGAACAGCAACGACGAAUGCGGCGUGAGGUGCGACGAGCAGAUGGAAUUCGUCAAGGAUUUCAAAGGGCACGCCCAAAUUCUGGAGAGAGGCGGGUACACAUUGUUCACUCCGCAUUACAUCACCUGGUACUGCCCGCCGGCGUUCGUGCUCAGCAGCCAGUGCAAAUCCCAGUGCAUCAACAACGGCAGGUACUGCGCUCCGGACCCGGAGCAGGAUUUCGACGGAGGGUAUCAGGGGAAGGACGUGGUGUUUGAGAAUCUGCGGCAGCUGUGCGUUCACCGAACCACGAACGAGACAGGGCGGUCCUGGGUUUGGUGGGACUAUGUCACCGAUUUCCACAUCAGGUGUUCCAUGAAGAAGAAGAGGUACAGCAAGGAAUGUGCAGAGGAUGUCAUGAAAUCGCUAGGGUUGCCAGUUGAUAAGAUUAAGAAGUGUAUGGGCGAUCCUGAGGCUGAUGUUGAGAAUCAAGUGUUGAAGGUUGAGCAAGAACGACAGAUCGGGCAAGGAGGGCGAGGUGAUGUAACGAUACUACCAACUCUUGUGAUAAACAAUGCACAAUACAGAGGGAAAUUGGAGAGAACCGCUGUGCUGAAAGCUGUAUGUGCUGGGUUUAAAGAAUCUACAGAACCACCAAUCUGUUUAAGUCCAAGUCUUGAAACUAACGAGUGCCUGGAAGGGAAUGGAGGUUGUUGGCAGGACACUGCAUCUAACUUGACAGCUUGCAAGGAUACGUUUAGAGGAAGGGUUUGCGAGUGUCCGGCUGCGAAUGGGGUUCAGUACAAAGGGGAUGGUUACUUAUCUUGUGUAGCAUUUGGGCCUGGAAGAUGUGCAAUAAACAAUGGAGGGUGCUGGUCAGAAUCGAGACAUGGAUCAAGUUUCUCAGCUUGCUCAGACUCGAAUAUAUCAGGCUGUCAGUGUCCACUUGGUUUCCGUGGGGACGGCCAGCAUUGUGAAGAUAUCGACGAAUGCAAGGAAGGCAGUGCUUGUCAAUGUGAUGGCUGCUCCUGCAAGGACACUUGGGGUGGAUAUGAGUGCAAGUGCAAAGGUGACCUGCUCUACAUGAAGGAGCUGGAUGCCUGCAUUGAAAGGAAUGGAUCCAAAAUUGGAUGGUUUCUCACAUUUGUGAUCCUAGCAGUGGUGGCUGGAGUUGGCCUUGCUGGUUAUAUAUUCUACAAAUACAGACUUAGGUCUUACAUGGACUCAGAGAUCAUGGCUAUCAUGUCACAGUACAUGCCACUCGAUAACCACGACAACACUAGUGCUAUUCGCUUUCCUAACGAAUCUCAGCCUCUACGACAGAACGCAUAGGCAUAAGAAUGUUGUAACUUGUAAGUCAUGAUUUAACUUCCUGCAUGAUGGUUUCUGCUGCUAGCUAGCUAGCUAGCUAGUGUACUUAGCUCCCAGAUCAGUACUGACAUUCUCAUUUACAUUGCAACUGCUGCUGAAGCAAUACGCUGCUCACUUUCUCAUACACACAAACAGCAUCUCGUGCUUGGGAACCAUGCAUAUGGACAUGUCUGGUUAUUGAUAGAUGAUCAAAGUUUGAAGGAAAAGAAAUACAGAGUUUGACUCAAGAACAAGACCGAUAGUCCUGCAUCUCGGCCACAGUUUUCAUUACCCUUCUUUCCUAUUUGGGUUCCUCCUGUAUAUAGCAUGGUUGAGGUAUAGAUGCAGCUGAAGGGGUCGAUGAAAUAAGGACUCAUUAUUGUGAUCGUGACCAAAUAGCAGAAGAAAGUUGAAAGGAAUAAAACAAUGUUAUCGCCAAAAAAAGUCAGUCUGUGUGCUAGCACACGUUUUUCUUUGUUAAAGCCGGCGGGCGAUGCAGUGAGAUUCAUAUGGGCUUGUUUGCACCGGCUAAAUCCUACCUGACUCAUCUUCUCUGCACGUAUUUAUAUCAAAGAUUCUAAAAUCGUAUCUAGCGGAACAUUCAGUGUUACAUUAUUUUGUG